AUGCAAUUCACUACCUUAGCUGCCGCGCUUGCCGUCUGCACUGGCGUCUUUGCCAGUCCUCUGUCUCAGCAAACAAACACCCAAGCUGCUGCUCAGGCUGGCCAGGCUGGCCAAUGGGGACCAUUUUACGGCGGUUACCCCUACGGCGGCUUUUAUGGUAACCCUUACGGCUACAACCGUUACGGCUGGUGCCGCAAGGCAGCUGACCAGUUUCAACUGUAUGAACUUAAUUUCAACCCAGCGGCGACCCUCACUCUCGGUGCUCCUCACGAACAGUAG